UGAGACUCGACCGACGGCUGAGCCAAGGCUCAGCUCAUCGUCUGCUCUGUCGGGCGAGGGCGAGCCACGGCAACCACGGUGCUGUACAAACCCCUACUGAAGGAUCCCUCCUGCUCUGUAAUUUAGGCUGUACGAUAUCGACGAUCCUUGGUCCUCUCUGGCAGCAACAACAUCAUGUGGCGUACAGAUAUAUCACGGUGUUGUCACUCGUUCGCUCGCCUCACACGAAGUCUCCGGACGCAAGCACGCUACGAUUACGCCCCUCCCGAGGAUGAAGGGGGAGCACCGUAUUGGGCCAAGCCUGCUGGUCUUGCCACCCCGCGCGAGCUAGCGCACUACCUUGACGAGUUCGUCGUUGGCCAAGAAAGGGCAAAAAAGGUGCUAUCCGUUGCCGUGUUCAAUCACUACAACCGAGUGCACGCGAAUAUGUCUAUGCAAGACCCGACUCAGAGUUCAAGCUGGGUAGAUCAACGUGAGGACGAUCCUGUAACACCAGCCAAUGUGCAACCGCAUCCAAAUCGACUCCGGCUACAAUCUAUGAUGCCGUUUCAACCCGGUCACCCUCAGCCAUUGUUUGAGAAGAGCAAUGUACUUGUUAUUGGACCCACUGGAUCGGGCAAGACCUUGCUGGCCCGGACACUAGCCACCGUGCUCGAUGUUCCGUUUUCAGUAAGCGACGCGACAUCAUUCACGCAGGCCGGAUAUGUGGGAGACGACGUUGACAUGUGUAUACAACGACUCUUGCAAGCCGCAAAUUGGGAUCCAUUUCGUGCCAGCAUGGGUAUUGUGUACAUUGAUGAGAUUGACAAGGUGGCGAGGAAGGUAGGCAGCGGAGGCCUCGAAGGCAGCCGUGACGUUGGAGGAGAGGGUGUACAACAAGCCCUGCUCCGUAUGAUGGAGGGUUCUACGGUCACAGUCCAAGCGAAGGGUUCCCCGGCUGCGCUGCCACCGACGAGUGGCGAUAGUCGGUCGAGAGCUGGUCAGCGAAAUCCUAAUCUAGCUAGCCCUCGACCUGAGGCAUACUCCAUCGAGACCAGCAACAUACUCUUCAUUCUGAGUGGCGCAUUUGUCGGCUUGGACAACAUCAUCAAACGGCGCGUGGCCAAAGGAUCUAUAGGCUUUACUGCCCCUCUUUCCUCUUCAUCGGAAACGCGAGGCAAUGGCCAGAUGCCUUUCUUCACGCCGAAUACCGAGGCUGUACCAAACAUGCUGGACCACAUUGAGCCUGAAGAUCUCGUCCAAUAUGGAUUCAUCCCAGAGUUCAUAUCUCGAAUGCCCUCUAUGACAACACUAUCACCGCUGAGCAUUUCAGAUUUACGGAGAAUCCUCACGGAAGUCAGAGGAUCGCUUGUAUCGCAGUAUACAGCGCUGUUCGGCUACUCAGGCAUCGAGAUCAGGUUUACCAGUCAAGCACUGGACGAGAUAUGCCAGAAGGCCUUCCAACGAGGUGGUGGCGCAAGAGGCCUGCGUGGUAUUAUGGAAUCAUUAUUGCUGGAACCGAUGUAUGAAGCACCAGGAUCUUCGAUUCGUCACGUCCUCAUUGGUGGCGCUGUGGCGCGUGGUGAGCAGCCACCACAGUAUUGGAGUAAAGGCGAGGCGACUGCUUUCUGGGCGGCUUGGGCAACAGAGGAAGAACAGUAUCCAAGUGGGUCGCGAUAGUUAAGGAUGUCUCGAUGGCAUCGGACAGACUACUGUAACGUCUCUUGUACUGUGUGGCGCCUCCAUUGAAUUGUCCGUCACUGAUUCGGGCCUCCUCACACGAGCGC